AUGGACACGGAGAUGGACCAAACCCACCAGGUCGAUGUCGGAAAUCUACUGGCUUUCAAUCCAAAUCACCGCUUCCCUUCUGCUCCUUCUUCAAGGGAUGAGCUUGUGCAAGAGUGCAUUACGGAGGGAACAAAACUUGUUCAGGCAAUAGCCGAUGCUCUUUUUAACUUUCCUUCUACUGAAACUAUUGAUGGUCCCUUUGUCCAGUUGCCCCCGCCUACAACCAAACUUCCUAGAGAGAAACAUCUUCCAAGGCCCAAGCCUCCUACAAAAUGGGAAGAAUUUGCUCUUAAGAAAGGUAUACAGAAGCGCAAGAAGGACAAGAUUGUAUACGACGAGCAAACCGAUCAGUUUAAGCGUCGCCAUGGUUACGACCGUGUUAAGGAUGAUAACGAUAUUCCCAUUAUCGAGGCAAAGGAAACAGAUGAACCAGGAGAAGAUCCUUUUGCCAAGAGACUGGAUGAGAAGAAGAAGAGAGUUGGGAAGCAAGAGAAGAACCGUCUGGAGAAUUUGAAAACAGCUGCAAAAGCUGGUGCUUUACCUAGCCAUGUCCAACUUGCUGCAACCGCAUUGCCCAUAUCAGGCACGAAAUCUCAGCCAAAGAAAAUCGGAAAGGAAGAGCUUGGAGACGUAGCAGGUUUAGCUGCUACUUCAACCGCUAGUGGUGGAAAGUUCGACAAGAAGCUGCCUGGAGAGAAACCUCUUAAGAAUCUAGGCAAACACCACAAGUAUUUACCGGUUGUAUCAAUGUCAAAGAAGAAGGUAAAAAAGGCCAAAAAGGAAGGUAAGGUGGUGAUUGACGAGGAAAAAGAACAGACAAGUAACGUACUUGGCAAGAUACUCUCCAAGCAUUCGCAUGAGAUCCUCAAUGUUGGCAAGGCGAUAAACAUGUACAACGACAAGAAGGAGAAAAAGAAGUCAGGAAGAAAAUCAGACAAAUUGAAACCUAGGAAGGACAUCACCAAGAAGAAGUCUGCCAACAAAGCCUAG